CUCAACGGUGCUCCUCCGCCCCUUCUUCCUCUCAUGGCGAAGACGAAGACGAAGAGAAAGGGUGAAACCCUAACCCUAGAUCAAGUGAAAACCCUAGGUAAUGAGCUUCUCUCCUCGAGAGCCCACGUCAACAACCUCCCGGUUCUCCUCUCCUUGCUUUCCCCCUCUUCCCCUCUCGACCUCGCCCUUGAGUCUCUCAUCUCUCUCCAGUCCUUUUUCACCCCUCUAAUCCCCGAGAUACCUUCUUCUUUCGCUGCACGUUCCAAAUCCUUAGCUUCUGGAGAGGAUUUUGAUGGCGCCGAGUCCGUUUACAAGCUGUGGCUCCGCUCCCGGUUCGAUGAAUUCGUGAACUCGCUCAUUGAGAUCACUGUCUCAUCCCUGUCAAUAGAGGCAUUGAGAGAUGUUUCUUUGGAUGCAAUUAUGGAGUUUGGUAAGCUGGGGAAAGAAGGGAAGUUCCAAUCAGCUAUCUACCAUCGGUUUAUUCAGAAUAUCAUUCAGGCGACUUCUUCUGUUGAUUCUUUGUUAGAGUUGAUGGCAUCAAAGUACUUCAAGUACAUAGAUGUGUGUUAUUUCACUUAUACAAGCAUUGAUAAAAUUGCACAGAGGUAUGAAUCAGCAAGUAUGUCAGAUACUGGAGGAAUGAGCUUGCAAAAUAAUGGAGAAAUGUCCCAAUCAAGAGUUGAUGUUGCAGCUCAUGUGAUAUUUAAGAUUUUAUCUCACAUCCCUCCCUUAGAUUCAGAAGCUGCUUAUGCUAUGUGGAGUCAAUUCGGCCUUUCGUCUAAGAAGCCAAAAAGAUCUUCUAAGGUUUUGGUGACAACUGAAGAUUCCCAAAAAUUGGAGGAGGCGAAUGAGGAAGCCUCAUCGUUGGGGCAUCUCACCAAAAAGAUCAAGCUGAAAUUCACAAAGGCAUGGUUAUCUUUUCUCAAGUUACCACUUCCCCUUGAUGUGUACAAGGAGGUUCUUGUCACUCUCCAUCAGAAUGUCAUGCCUUAUAUGGCAAAUCCUGCUAUAUUAUGUGACUUUUUAACAAGAUCAUAUGACAUUGGUGGUGUUAUCAGUGUCAUGGCUCUCAGUGGCCUUUUUGUUCUUAUGACACAACAUGGGCUGGAGUAUCCCAAGUUCUAUGAAAAGCUUUAUGCAUUAUUGACACCAGCUAUUUUCAUGGCUAAACAUCGGGCAAAGUUCUUCCAACUCUUGGAUACUUGCUUAAAAUCUGCAUAUCUUCCAGCAUAUCUUGCGGCUGCAUUUGCAAAGAAAUUGAGCAGGUUGUCUCUUUCAGCGCCACCAUCAGGAGCACUAAUUAUUAUUGCAAUAAUUCACAAUCUUCUGCGAAGACAUCCCUCAAUUAAUUUUUUAGUUCAUCAGAUGGUGAACGAUGAAAGUACCAAGGACGAAUCACUAAAUAAUACUGAACCUAGUGAGAAUUUAAGCAUCUCAUAUGCCACUCAAGGUGUCGAUCUUUUCAAUAGUGAGGAGACCGAUCCUGCAAAGUCUGGUGCCAUGCGAAGUUCUUUAUGGGAAAUUGAUACUCUUCGCCAUCAUUACUGUCCUGCUGUCUCCAGGUUUGUUGCUUCCCUUGAGAAUGAUCUGACAGUAAGGGCAAAAACUACAGAAGUUACAGUUGGAGAUUUUAGCUCUGGUUCCUAUUCUACAAUAUUUCAGCAGGAGAUCCGACGGCGGGUAAAGCAGGUCCCUCUUGCAUUCUACAAAGUGAACCCAACCUCCCUCUUCUGCGAGGCUGAUUUUCCGGGUUGGACCUUCGGAAAGCAAGAAACUGGACACAAAGAAAAUGAAGCAAUAAACCCAAUUGAAGAAGAUGGUCAGAAAAACAUAAAAAGGCAACGGGUGGAAUGCUGCUGAUUGAGAUAUAGAUGGUUUGGAUAAUUACUCCACAACCAAAUGAGAUAACUUGGUGGAAUUUAUGGAAAUCUAUGGCCAUUUUUCUCAUUAUCAUUUUUGUUGUUUGGGACCCAACUCAAGUUUGGGAUUCCAAAUCACCUCCAAAUUUUGUUGUUAAAUAUAUAUAUUUUGUCAUAUUACCAUUAUAGUUUGGCUGUGGUAUCCUCCUUA